CAUGAACUGGAGGAGGCAUCRGAGAGGGCUGAUCUCGCUGAGUCCCAGGUCAACAAGAUGAGAYCCAAGAGCAGAGACAUGGGCUCAACGAGCAAAGAAUAGUGAAGAGAAGAUAUGACUCAGAAGACUCCUAAAAUAUGAGUUUUUAAUGACUUAUGUACUAUGCAUGCUUGGCUCACUGUAUGUGCUGUAUUAUUAAACUCACAUAAUAUGGGUUUUGUGUGUAGUAGACCUAUGAUAUAAGCUCCUUUGGAAAGAAUAGUCCAUUUCUACCUGAAGUAUAUUGGCGCCGCCUUGUGGUUAACACCCGUUGUAUUUUCUAGAUUGCGACACUAAGAUGAUUUUCGACCUAAUAAAUAUGGCUAUGGUGUAUGUUACAAAGAGCAUAGGCUCGCCUACCAUGAUUGUGAGUUCUGCACUACGUUUAAUUGCAAAAUAAAUUGUGGCACACAUUCAAAAAGUAUGACUACGUAGCUGCAUUCAUUGGACGUGCAUAUCAUUGAUCGGUGGAGCUCCUUUUCAACAGUUCACGUUAUGGCAAAGUCACAUUAUUUUACACGGUCGCCUUGUCAACCCUUCAUAAACAAUCGCGUCUUGGAGAAGUGAUUCAAUUGACAAAGUACAUUACAUUUCAAUAGGCACAGCCUUGGUGAAAGUUGCUAAUUGARUACUAAUCCCCACAACAUAACUCAUGUGCAAAAAACGGAAGCGAGUACCGAGUUAUCUCAUAGAAAAGCGCAAUAGGAAUUGAAGGAGCACAGACUUGACUGUGGAGUUUGCGAAAGGGAGUUCACACAAACGGAGAAGCGCCCAUAUACACACGCUCAGAACGCAUCUGCGCUGUGUUCAGGAUUUUACAGGAUUCUUUUGACAAGGGAUACCUUUUCAUUCACUCAGAAAGUACUUUAACCAGAUUCGCAACAUGUUGGAUUGUUGUCAUUGAUGCGGUAACUAAUCAACAUUACAAGUUUGACAAGAAAGAGCCAAGUGAAUCUCGAGGAAGGGGAUAAGUCUGUGUGAAUCUACGCGCGGACCCGACGUUAUACCGGAGAAGAUAACGAUGUCUGGAUCUUACUGCAAAAGUUUAUACUCCUUCAGCGGGGACCAACAUCAGCAGGGUUUGACUUUUGAAGUUGGAGAAAUCCUAAAGAUAGUUCAGCCGUUGCCAGGCGGCUGGUGGGAAGGAGAGCUGGAUGGAGUCAGGGGAUGGUUCCCAGCAAGUUAUGUUCAGGUCUUAGAGAAAACUGCGUCUAUGACCUCACUGCCUGUUGAGGACCUCGGAGASCCUCUCCCUCAACACUGGAAGUGCUACAUGUCACCACAAGGGCGGCACUACUAUGUCAACACAGCCAGCAACGAGACAACGUGGGAGAGACCUUCCAGUGUACCUGGGACUCCCAAAACCCCUUUGAAACACAAGAACUCACUACCUACAGUGAACGGGUUUCACUCCAGUGGCGGUACGUUGCAUCAGAGUGAACACUCCCACAUCAGUCUGGUCAAAAAGCCCAGUUCCGAACUACAGAAUCCAGGUCCUACAUCACCCACCAGGAGACAGAGCAAAGAGACUACCAUCACAAUUAACUGUGUAACGUUCCCCCUCCCUAUGAGUAUGCCUGAGCAGCAGCUGCUGAAGCCAGAUGAGUGGAGCUACUGUGACUACUUCUGGGAGGAUAAGAAGGACCCUCAGGGGACAAGCUCUAUCUCAGGGUUUGAGGUCUUACUGCAGAAACAGCUGAAGGGGAAACAGAUGCAGAAAGAGAUGGCCGAGUUUAUACGAGAAAGAAUAAAGAUCGAAGAAGAAUAUGCCAAGAACCUCUCCAAGCUGUCACAGAUUCCCCUCGCAGGACAGGAGGAAGGGUGAGUGAGC